AUGGGCUGGCGUGGCAAUUUGGUAUCGGGUCUGCGAGAUGUGGAUGAUCCCCGCCUGGUCAAGCACUACCAGGGUCCCCUUCUGUCAAUGAGCGCGGCGAGUGACGACGGUGUGGUGCUGGCGGAUGCGUCCAAAGAGGGCUCUGUGGCAAUUGGGCGUCGGUCCAACGGUGGCGUUGGUAGAGGAGUGGCAGGCAAUCAACCGGUGUUAUGUGCCUUCGUCCGACAAGUGUUGGGUGGUGUGGAGGAGACCGUAUGUGAGGAUGGGGACAUCACGCUGGAUUUUGAUUCGUUGCGGAUUGUGUUGAAAGCGGACUCUACUAAAGACGGUGGCAGUGAUGUUCGUUGCGUGGAACAUUCCUCAAGACGCCGGCCGUUACACGAGUCCACGACGCCCUCCUACACACCUCAACGGCACAACUUUGCGCCGCAGCGAGGCAGGAGAAACACGAUUUCUUCUUCUCCCAUCACUUCUAGUGUCAAUAUUCCCCUUUCCGAGCUGAGGGAAAAGGAAAAUGUGAGAGGUCAGCUGCCGACUCCUACGAUGCCCACGGAGUAUAUGAAUAAAGAGAACGUCUCCUCUGUUCCUUCGCGGGUGGGGCACACCGAUUCGACCGCAAGGGCAGGGCGUGAGAUAGUUUCCCUAUGGGAGUGUAUACGACGGGCACGUUCUUAUUUGUGCGUUAACUUGCCCCUGUUGUACAAAGAGAGGGAGAUGGAUGUCCUGGAGAAGGGAAUUUUGCAGAUGAAAGAAGCAGAUAUAUCCGUCAGUUCCAUAACUGAGGGAAAAGUGGGGAAUUCCUCCGCCGUGGGGUCAAAUAAAACCCUCACCGUGGAUUCUGGGAGCUCUUCUUUUUUAUGCAGGUCAUUUCAGGAGAUGGAAGCCGACAGCCACCUAUUGGCUCCUCGUCUGAAAGGACAAAAAUUACGUGAAGCGUGGAGGCGCGAUGCGGCACUUCCGGCGCGCCUGCACGGUGUUGCCGACAUUGAGGGAACAGGUUCCGUGAGUUUGUCGCGCCUUCUUACAGUUCUCCGUGAGCACCGUUAUUUGGACUGGACUGAGGAGGAAGUGAAAGGAACGGUGGCAGCUCUUGCGAACAAUCGCUAUACGAUGAAUGAGACAAACGAUUCGAUGAUUCAAGAAGGGAAUUCCGAGACACUUAUUUGCAUCAAUGAAGAGAACGAGACAUUUUAUUUAAAUUCAGGCGCUUUCUUUUCACUGCUUCGAGCCCUUCUUGUGCUUUGA